CCAGGUGAUGAGGCAAAUUUUCGGGGGGCCGCUUCGCAACCACCUGGAAGAAAUCGAAACAAAGACGUUGUCUUCCUUUGUGGGUUUGCAAAAAAGAAAAAGAAAAAAAAAGAAAGAAACCAAACCAUUGGCGAAGUGCAAUUUGACGUAACCGCCUAUUUGGAAAGUUGAUUGAUGAAAGUUCAAUAUAAGAGGGGAGAAGCAGGGAUUAGCAGGAAAAGAUCUGAUGCAUGGGGAAGUAGUCAUCAAGACUGACCCCAUUCUAACGAAGAAACAAUUGAAAGAAGGAAAAAACAAAACAAGCAGAUUGACUUGAUUAUCAAUUACUGCAUCAUGGCAGAGUCGGUCGCAUGCAACUUUAUAAACACCCCGUAUAUGAAGCAAUAGCUUCCUGGAUAGAAACGGCCUCUCUACCGAUUGUUUUGUUGGGAGCCAAAGGAGUGGGAAAGACAACCACGCUAAUCAUGUUACAUGAAUCAUGCAAAAGACCGAAACAUUAUUUUGACCUUUCAAGUGAUCACGACGUGGUGCGCUUGUCUGAAAAAUUGAAGACUAUAUCGCCAUUAUCGGGUAAUGAAGAGAAAGAAUAUCCAGUUUGGUUGUUUGUUGACAACAUACACGAAAUGGUGAACUACACAUGCUUAAACGACCUGAUCCGUAUGUACGUCAAGGGCUGGACACAGUACCGUAAUCGGGGGCGUCUUGUCUGUGCAGUGUCCAGAUAUGGACUUGUGGGUUUGCUGAAAAAGUUCCGUAUAAACUACUCCGACCUCAAUACACAAGUGGUGAAUCCGACUGAGGAGGUUGCAUGGUCGUUACUGAGACGGGUAUGUUGUGGAACAAAUGUCUAGUGAUGCUUGAUUGCU